AUCCCCAUCACCCAGAAAGCCUAUCUUCUGUUUCCAUCUAUAAUCUGCAUCAAUAUAAGGUUGACCUGGCGCCAUCAUGUGGUCUAAAACCCCCAGACCGUGCAGUCCACAUAGCCUGUCGUGCUUGUCGAAGACUUUUAUAUCUUCGAUCGCGAUACCAUGAGGGAAGAUAACGUCACGACGCACGAAAGGCUGCCUUCCACUUGGCGAGAUCAGGUUCGCUAUUCCGCCAUCCCCAAUGGUAAGAACCAGCAUAAGCGAUCGCGAUGGAAAACCAUCUUGCUCCCACAUUGGCUGUCCGACGAGCCCGAGAAAGGCAAAGAAUGGAUCAAAGGGGCGGUCAUCUGCACCUGGAUCACUGGUCUGAUUCUCGCCAUCAACGCGAUAUUGGCUAUCGUAGCCAUGGUCCUUGCAUAUCGUCGAAAGGCCAAUCGAGGUCAAUUCCAGAAGGCGGAGCUGUAUAUCGGCCAAUGCACGCGUUCGAGUCACUGGGCUACAGGACUCCAUGUCGUUAUCAACGUGUUAAGCACUAUCCUUUUGGGAGCCAGCAGCUAUGUGAUGCAAUGCCUGGGCGCGCCAUCUCGGACUGACAUCGAUCGCGCGCAUGCCAAGUCACAAUGGCUGGAUGUUGGGACCUUCAGUAUUCGCAACUUGGCGGUGAUGGACGGCCGGCGGAAGAUCCUGUGGUUUGUGCUUUUUCUCAGCUCAACUCCGAUUCAUAUGAUCUACAACUCGGUCAUCUUUUCGUCUCUCUCCACCAUCGACUAUGGCAUGCUCAUAAUUCCGAAUGAUUUGUCUCCGGCAGAGUCCCUAGUUGGUAACGAUACUACCGGCAGGGACUAUUUCUGGGCCGAGAUGGGGUCUGAUGCAGCUGUCGUGAAGGAAGAGAUUUUCAACGGGACGUUUACCAACGUGACGACUAAAGAUUGUGCCAGUCAGUACAAUGUUGGCUUUAAUACGCAUCUGGGUACGCUCAUCUUCGUGGCUGAUCGUCAGUAUUUCCAUAACACGAGCAGUCUUCAUCCCGGGGUGAUGACCUCUUCCGUGUAUAAUUAUAUACAAAAUCUAGAUAAUGCCAGCAUCUCCGAGCAGAUCCUGGCAGGUGACUGGGCGCUGCUCAGUGAGUAUUGGAGUUAUCGCGUGUGGAACUACUCUGUGGCCGAUCUUGCCUCGAACAUUGCCUUGAAUAUUCCGCCGGAAUAUAUGCCGUAUGUUGCGCGAGAUCUUCGUGCAAUUGGAGAUCCAUUCUAUUUUGAUCUCCGUGAUGAUACCCUCUACGACUUUAUACACUCUUCGUUGGAGUCUUACAUUUAUGGCAGCUCUUUGUAUUCCGACCUGCUCACUCUGGUGGAGUACAACUAUGCCUACAAUCCCACGCAGGAAGCCUUGCGCGAGUGCUUGGACACUCCGUCGAAUUGGAGAAACAGCUCCUGGGCUGCGAUGAUUACCUUUGAGCUUAUAGGCAUCGACGACCUGACCAGCAUUGGCAACUGGUUUGAUAACGAUCACUACUGGGUAGAUCACACCACAGCCCAACACAUUCCGGUAUCCCAUUGCCUGGUGAAAGAGGAGGAACAGCGCUGCCAGCUCUUCUUCAGCCCCCCAAUCGCCAUUGUCGUGAUCAUCUGCAAUAUCUUGAAAGUGAUUUGCAUGGCGUUGACCGCUCGGGUCGAGCGAACGGACCUUAUGUUGACUGUAGGCGAUGCUCUAGCCUCAUUUCUCACGCGCCCUGAUCCGGCCACGCUUGGUCGAUGUCUCCUCUCCCACGCAGACAUGACCCAUGGACCCCAAGCCUGGAAUCUACCAGCCAUCUCAUUUGGUCGACCGAAGGGAUACACCCUGAGCGCCCCAGAGUACCCCCUCGAUCCCAUCAUGCCUACCACCAGCGAACUCUAUCCCAGCCUUCUUCCGUGUCGUCAACGAUGGUACCAAGCGGCUAGCCGGAAACGUUGGGCCGUCGUCCUAAGCAUCUUUCUCGCCUGUCUCAUCACCGCGAUCUAUCUUUUCACCUACGCCGUCAGACAGAGCGCCUCUUUCAGCACCGCCAUGAGCCUCGGCUUCGCGCAGACCCGAGCCGACACCAUGAUCAAGCAUCUCUCGGCCAACAUGAUCGCCCUCGUCCUGCUAACCAACACACCGCAGCUCGUGCUCUCAAUCACCUACUUCCUUACCAACGGGCUACUAACCUGCAUGCUCGUGGCAGCCGAGUUGGACCGCUACACGCACCAGCGCCGGCCCCUGCGUGUCUCCUGGCCCCGCGACCAGCAACGAUCAACCUACUACCUCAGCCUCCCGUACCGCUACAGCGUGCCACUCCUCACACUCUCCACCACACUGCACUGGCUCCUCUCACAGAGUCUCUUCUUCGUCAACAUUCAGGCCUACAACGUCUUUCACGAGGUAGAUCAUGAUAAAUCGUCCCGGAGCUGCGGCUACUCCCCGAUGGCCAUGUUCAUUACCCUCUGGGUCAUCAUCUUAGCACUAGGACUCCUGCUGGGGCUCGGGGCCCGUCAGUUCCGGGCCCAUAUGCCCCUGGCAACGCAUUGCAGUGCCGCGAUCAGUGCCGCGUGCCAUCCACCACCCGAAGACAAGGACGCCGCGGGACGACCAGUAAAAUGGGGAGAGGUUCAGGAGAGAGUGACAGAGCAUGAGCAUACACAUGCGCAUUGUUCAUUCACAUCACUUGACGUAGUAACCCCGAGCUUAGUCCGGUUAUAUUGCUAGCCAGAUGUCAGUUUACUCAGUAACCGAGGAAGGUUAGAUCGCAAGAGAAUAGAAUAAACCCCUCCCCUCCCCUCCAACUCCGAAUCCGUACAAAACAAGCCAGGCAGUAAGUACUACUUACUUUACAUCCUAAGCUCCCUUAACCAGCACCCCAAUGCUAUCAACCUGCGCAGUGCAGUACUACUAGAUACAUUCCUUUCGGUUACUAUUACUACCCUCCGCAC